AUGGGAGACUCCCUUGAUGGGAGUGAAAAUGCCCCAGAAGCGCAAAAUGUGGUAGUCGUUGAUUUCCAAGACUUCGCAAAUUACCUUCGUCGCGCUGCAACGGUACUUUUACCGGAGGAUGACAUCGUGCCACCGGCAUUGAAUGCAGCUUUAGACGAUAAAGUUAAUCAAGAUUGCAUUAGAAAGUUUAUUUCGGAUUGUCAAGUCACUUCGCUGUAUGUACAGAGAUUUUCCCUUAAAGAAGAUGACAGCGAACAGCCAACAGAAGGAGAAGAGGAAAAGGAGGCAGUUACGUAUCAGAUCGGCAAUGAGGUCCACUUUACAUCACCACGAGUGGCAGCAUUGGUUUGUAUCAAAAGAGGUGCAGUGAUUGAAGCGGAUAAGUCUAUCCAUAGUCAACUCCGCCUCAUUAAUUUAUCUGAUGGGUCUCCAUAUGAAACUCUACAUGCCUUCAUUAGCAAGACCAUGGCUCCAUUCUUUAAAAGCUAUGUUAAGGAGAGUGGAAGAGCUGACAGGGAUGGAGACAAAAUGGCACCAUCUGUAGAAAAGAAAAUAGCUGAGUUGGAAAUGGGUCUCUUACACCUUCAACAGAAUAUUGAUAUUCCAGAAAUAACUCUGCCUGUUCACCCUUUGGUUGCUGCUGUCAUUAAGAGAGCUGCAGAUGAGGGUAGAAAGCCACGUGUGGCCGAUUUUGGUGAUAAGGUAGAGGAUUCAACAUUUCUUAAUUCGCUACAAAAUGGAGUAAACCGAUGGAUAAAGGAAAUUCAAAAGGUGACUAAACUUGAUCGUGACCCAUCAAACGGCACGGCCCUUCAGGAGAUCUCAUUUUGGCUUAAUUUGGAGAGAGCCCUGCAUCGCAUUCAAGAAAAAAGAGAAAGUAUUGAGGUUGCAUUAACACUGGAGAUCUUGAAAUAUGGCAAGCGUUUCCAUGCCACAGUCUCAUUUGACACUGACACCGGUCUUAAACAAGCUCUCGCUACUGUUUCUGAUUAUAACCCGCUGAUGAAAGACUUUCCAAUUAAUGAUUUACUCAGUGCUACUGAACUUGAAAGAAUAAGAUUGGCAGUUCAACAAAUAUUUUCCCAUCUACGUAAGAUCCGAUCCACAAAAUACCCAAUCCAACGUGGGCUGAGGCUUGUUGAAGCUAUCUCGCGUGACCUUGGACAACAACUACUCAAGGUUCUAGGUACUCGGCGGUUGAUGCACAUCCCCUUUGAAGACUUCGAAAGAGUAAUGACGCAAUGCUUUGAAGUGUUCUCAUGCUGGGAUGACGAAUAUGAGAAACUUCAGGGAUUAUUGCGCGAUAUAGUAAAGAAGAAGCGAGACGAGCACCUUAAGAUGGUAUGGCGUGUCUCGCCGUCCCACAAGCGUCUUCAAGCUCGUAUGGAGCAUAUGCGACGCUUCCGUCGGCAUCACGAGCAGCUUCGUACUGUUAUGUUGAGGGUGCUACGUCCCCGAGCAACUCCAGCAGCUGAUACUGGUGGUAGUGGAGAACCAGCUCAACACCACUCCCUGCCCAUGGAUGCGGCAGAUGCCAAUGCCAUUGCUGAGGUAAACCUCGCUUACGAGAAUGUGAAGGAAGUGGACUGCUUGGAUAUAUCUCGCGAAGGAUGCGAUGCGUGGGAGGCGGCAGUGCGACGUUAUGAAGAUAGAAUUGAUCGCGUUGAGACCCGUAUAACAGCCCACCUCAGAGACCAACUGGGUACAGCAAAGAACGCCAACGAAAUGUUCCGUAUCUUCUCUCGGUUCAACGCUUUAUUCGUCCGUCCGCACAUCAGAGGCGCCAUACGGGAGUAUCAAACGCAGCUCAUUCAACGUGUCAAGGACGACAUUGAGAAACUACAUGAAAAGUUUAAGGUGCAAUAUCCUCAAUCGAAGUGCUCCCGAUUGUCUUUGGUACGAGACCUGCCACCUGUAGCGGGUUCCAUUAUUUGGGCAAAGCAAAUCGAUCACCAAUUGACAGCUUAUUUGAAAAGAGUUGAAGAUGUACUUGGCAAAGGUUGGGAGAACCAUAUCGAAGGGCAAAAACUAAAAGCAGAUGGCGACAGUUUCCGACUUAAGCUCGAUACACAAGAAGUGUUUGACGAAUGGUCACGAAAGGUACAACAACGAAAUCUAGGCGUAUCUGGCCGAAUCUUCGCCAUAGAGACAGUCCGCGCUCGGUCCACUAAAACUGGAGCUACAAUACUCAAAUUAAAAGUUAACUUUUUGCCCGAAAUCAUCACGCUGUACAAGGAAGUGCGCAAUUUGAAAAAUUUGGGUUUCAGAGUUCCCCUAGCGAUCGUGAACAAAGCUCAUCAAGCGAACCAACUUUACCCGUUUGCCAUUUCGCUCAUAGAAAGCGUACGUACGUACGAACGGACGUUGGAAAAGAUUCGCGACAAGGCAUCUAUAAUUCCUCUGGUGGCUGGUUUACGUCGAGACGUACUGAAUCAAGUAUCGGAGGGGAUGGCGCUCGUAUGGGAGUCGUACAAACUCGAUCCAUACGUGCAGAAACUGAGUGAAGUUGUUCUUAUUUUCCAAGAAAAGGUUGAAGAUCUUCUGGCUGUUGAGGAGCAAAUCUCUGUCGACGUACGUUCUCUAGAGACGUGCCCGUACUCCGCUCAAAGCCUUGCGGAAAUCCUUAGCCGCUUGCAGAGGGCCAUUGAUGAAUUAUCUCUUAGACAGUACAGCAACUUACACUUGUGGGUACAGCGGCUCGACGAAGAGGUUGAAAAAAGUUUAGCUGCUCGUUUACAAGCUGGCAUUGAAGCCUGGACCGCAGCACUACUUGGAAAGACGAACGAGAUGGACCUGUCUAUGGAUACAUACUCGCCCACUGAGCCAACACACAAACCGGGUGGUGAACCAGAGAUCGCUCGCGUCGUACACGAAGUGCGUAUAACAAACCAGCAAAUGUAUUUAUUCCCGUCACUGGAAGAGGCGCGUUUCCAGCUAAUGCGGCAGAUGUUCGCCUGGCAGGCUGUUGUUACCAGCCAGCAUCGCUUGCAGAGUACUAGGUAUCAAGUAGGAGUCGCUCGCGCACAAACAGCGACCUACAGAAACCUACUGACCAAACUGCCGGGAGCCGCUUCGCCGCUCGAGAAUGUGUAUGAUGCGAUUGAAAAGAAAAUAUCGCAAGUACGAGAAUAUGUCGAUGAAUGGCUACGUUAUCAAGCCCUAUGGGAUCUACAACCCGAGACCUUGUAUGGUCGACUGGGAGAAGAUAUUACAUUGUGGAUUAAAUGCCUGAACGACAUAAAGAAAUCUCGUACGACAUUCGAUACAUCGGACACCCGCCGUGAAUACGGGCCCGUAGUGAUUGACUUCGCUCGCGUGCAAAGUAAAGUCGCGCUGAAAUACGACGCGUGGCACAAGGAAGUGUUGGGCAAAUUUGGUGCACUCCUUGGUGGGGAAAUGGUGGCCUUCCAUAGCAGCCUUGCCAAGUCCAGGGGACAGCUGGAACAGCAAACCAUUGAGGCAGCAUCCACCAGUGAUGCGGUAUCUCUUAUCACAUACGUACAGCAACUGAAGCGUGAGGUGUUGGCCUGGGAAAAGCAGGUCGAUAUUUACCGAGAGGCUCAACGUAUUCUGGAGAGACAAAGAUUCCAAUUUCCAUCUACUUGGCUCCACGUUGACAAUAUAGAAGGAGAAUGGAGCGCAUUUAACGAAAUCAUGCGCAGGAAGGAUUCUUCGAUUCAGACACAGGUGGCAUCCCUCCAACAAAAGAUCGUUGCUGAAGACAAAGCGGUCGAAUCUCGUACAGUUGAAUUCCUCACUGAAUGGGAACGCAGUAAGCCCACUGAUGGCUCUACUCGACCAGAAGACGCUUUGAUCCGUCUUAAUGCGAUGGAGACACGGUACACGCGCCUUAAAGACGAAAGGGACAACGUUGCUAAGGCAAAAGAGGCUUUGGAACUUCAUGAUACGGGUAGCUCAGUGAACAACGAGCGUAUGACAGUCGCACUAGAAGAAUUGCAAGACUUGCGCGGUGUUUGGUCUUCGCUUAGCAAGAUCUGGACACAAAUCGAUGAUAUUCGCGAUAAACCUUGGCUCUCUGUACAGCCUAGGAAGCUCAGGCAACAAUUAGAAGCAAUGUUGAAUGAGUUGAAAGAAUUACCAGCUCGCUUGCGUAUGUACGACAGCUAUGAAUACGUUCGCAAGUUGCUCCAGUCUUACACCAAGGUGAACAUGUUGAUCGUGGAGUUGAAAUCGGACGCCCUCAAAGAGCGACACUGGCGUCAACUGUGCCGCGCUUUGAAAGUGGAAUGGUCUCUGUCUGAGCUGACCUUGGGCCAGGUUUGGGAUGCGGACCUACUGCAUAAUGAACAUACUGUGCGCGAUGUUGUGUCUGUGGCGCAGGGUGAGAUGGCUCUCGAGGAGUUCUUGAAGCAGGUUCGUGAAUCAUGGCAGAGUUACGAACUGGACUUGAUCAACUAUCAAAACAAAUGCAAGAUAAUUCGUGGUUGGGAUGAUUUAUUCAACAAAGUUAAGGAGCAUAUCAAUAGUGUUGCUGCUAUGAAGCUGUCGCCUUAUUAUAAGGUGUUUGAAGAAGAAGCUCUUACAUGGGAAGAGAAACUCAACCGUAUCAACGCGUUGUUCGAUGUGUGGAUCGAUGUGCAGAGACGCUGGGUCUACCUCGAAGGCAUAUUCAGUGGUUCGGCUGACAUCAAAACUUUGCUACCGGUUGAAACUAGCAGAUUCCAGAGCAUUAGUUCUGAAUUCCUCGGUCUAAUGAAGAAAGUAAGCAAAUCCCCAAUGGUUAUGGAUGUGUUGAAUAUUCCUGGAGUUCAGCGAUCUCUUGAACGUCUUGCAGACUUACUUGGAAAAAUACAAAAGGCUUUGGGUGAAUAUCUAGAAAGAGAAAGAAGCAGUUUCCCAAGGUUCUACUUUGUGGGAGACGAAGAUCUCUUGGAGAUAAUUGGUAACAGCAAGAAUAUUGCUCGUCUGCAAAAGCACUUUAAGAAGAUGUUUGCGGGUGUUGCUGCAAUUAUACUGAAUGAGGAUAACACAAUCAUUAACGGUAUCGCUUCACGGGAAGGCGAAGAAGUAUACUUUACAUCGCCGGUAUCAACAGUUGAGAAUCCCAAAAUCAACUCCUGGCUCUCAAUGGUCGAGCGAGAGAUGCGCGUGACCCUCGCUUGUCGUCUCAAAGACUCAGUCGCUGACGUAAAGCAGUUCAAAGACGGAAAUGUCGACCCGCAGAAGUUCAUCGAAUGGUGUGAUAAAUAUCAAGCUCAAAUUGUUGUGUUGGCCGUACAAAUUCUCUGGUCCGAAGACGUAGAUGCAGCUUUAGUCGGCGGUGGAGGUGAUGGCCUCAAGCGAGUCUUAUCUCACGUUGAGAACAUGUUAAAUAUACUUGCUGACUCUGUACUACAGGAGCAACCGCCUUUGAGAAGAAAGAAACUGGAACAUUUGAUAAACGAGUUUGUUCACAAGCGAACGGUAACACGACGUCUCAUCGCCAAUGAUGUCAACAGCGCACGCUCGUUUGAUUGGCUCUCAGAGAUGCGAUUCUACUUUGAUCCUAGGAACAAUGAUGUUCUUCAACAACUCACAAUUCACAUGGCAAAUGCGAAAUUCCUAUAUGGUUUUGAAUACCUCGGCGUGCAAGACCGUUUGGUACAAACACCACUUACAGACCGCUGUUACUUGACCAUGACCCAGGCUUUGGAGGCAAGACUUGGCGGUUCUCCGUUUGGUCCGGCUGGUACCGGUAAAACGGAAUCCGUAAAAGCUUUGGGUAACCAACUGGGUCGGUUUGUGCUCGUCUUCAAUUGUGACGAGACAUUCGAUUUCCAGGCCAUGGGAAGAAUCUUUGUUGGUCUAUGUCAGGUCGGCGCUUGGGGUUGCUUCGACGAGUUUAAUCGUCUCGAAGAAAGGAUGUUAUCUGCUGUAUCGCAACAAGUUCAAACCAUACAGGAGGCACUAAAGAGUCAUCAGGAAGGCGAUAAUACAGCCAAGUCAAUCACAGUGGAGCUGGUUGGCAAACAAGUCCGCGUCAGUCAAGAUAUGGCCAUUUUCAUAACAAUGAACCCUGGAUACGCCGGUCGUUCCAAUCUUCCUGAUAACUUGAAAAAGCUGUUCCGCAGUCUUGCUAUGACCACACCCGAUAGGCAACUCAUUGCAGAGGUCAUGUUGUUUAGCCAAGGGUUCAGAACUGCUGAGAAACUGGCCUGCAAGAUUGUUCCCUUCUUCAAGCUCUGCGACGAACAACUGUCCAACCAAUCUCACUACGAUUUUGGACUUCGAGCUCUGAAAUCCGUACUUGUCUCCGCUGGUAACGUCAAGCGUGAUCGCAUUCAGAAGAUAAAGGAAAAUCUUAAAGAACGCGACACAGAAGUGCCCGAUGAGGCCUCAAUAGCGGAAUCUCUCCCAGAACAAGACAUUCUUAUCCAAUCAGUUUGUGAGACCAUGGUUCCUAAGUUGGUAGCAGAAGAUAUACCUCUACUCUUCUCUCUGCUUAAUGAUGUGUUCCCCAACGUUGGAUACACACGAGCUGAAAUGACCGGUCUUAAGAACGAAAUUCGUGCCGUUUGUGCUGAAGAAUUCCUCGUGUGUGGAGAAGGCGACGAGCAAGGAAACACAUGGAUGGAAAAGGUCCUUCAACUCUACCAAAUCUGCAAGUUGAAUCAUGGUCUAAUGAUGGUCGGUCCUUCUGGAAGUGGAAAGUCUACAGCUUGGCGUGUUUUACUGAAGGCAUUAGAACGAUAUGAGGGCGUAGAAGGCGUUGCCCACGUGAUUGACCCUAAGGCUAUGUCCAAAGAAACCUUAUAUGGUGUUCUAGACCCUAACACCCGUGAAUGGACCGAUGGAUUGUUCACUCACAUAUUAAGAAAAAUAAUUGAUAAUGUCCGUGGUGAAAUAAACAAACGACAAUGGAUCAUAUUCGAUGGUGAUGUUGAUCCGGAGUGGGUGGAAAAUCUUAACUCGGUGCUGGACGAUAACAAACUGCUUACUCUACCUAACGGUGAACGAUUGUCUCUACCGCCAAACGUACGGGUUAUGUUUGAGGUUCAAGAUCUGAAAUACGCAACGCUGGCUACAGUCUCUCGUUGUGGUAUGGUGUGGUUCUCCCAAGAUGUCCUCACAACUGAGAUGAUCUUUGAAAACUACCUUCUUAGGUUACGGAACAUUCCUCUUGAAGACGGAGAAGAAGAUUCAUUUAGCAUUGUGAUGGCAGCACCAACAGCGGGUGGUGAUCAAAACGCCACUGAAAACAUUCUAUCCCCGGCAUUGCAGACCCAACGCGAUGUUGCUGCAAUUCUGCAACCAUUGUUCUACGGCGACGGUCUGGUUGUGAAAUCUCUGGAAAGAGCGGUGUCCCUCGAUCAUAUUAUGGACUUCACAAGACAUCGGGCACUUUCUUCACUGCACUCUAUGCUUAAUCGUGGAGUCAGGAACAUCCUUGGGUAUAACCGCCAGCACCCUGAUUUCCCCGUGACAAACGACCAGCUAGAGGCAUACGUACCCAAGUGGCUCGUGUAUUCUCUUUUGUGGUCAUUUGCUGGAGACGCAAAACUGAAGGACCGCAAUGAAUUAGGAGACUUUAUACGCUCCGCCAGCACCAUGCAGUUGCCGAACUGUGGUGCUAAUCAACAUAUCAUUGACUUUGAGGUUUCGAUAACUGGUGAAUGGGUACCGUGGUCUGCCAAAGUGCCACAAAUUGAAGUGGAGACUCACAAAGUGGCAGCUCCCGAUGUGGUAGUGCCGACACUUGACACCGUUCGUCACGAAUCCUUACUGUACACUUGGCUGGCUGAACAUAAGCCUUUAGUGCUUUGUGGACCACCCGGUUCUGGUAAGACAAUGACGCUGUUCUCCGCAUUGCGAGCCUUGCCCGACAUGGAAGUUGUGGGACUUAACUUCUCGUCGGCCACCACUCCUGAAUUGCUGCUUAAGACGUUUGACCAUUACUGUGAAUAUCGCAAAACACCUAAUGGAGUCGUAUUAGCACCUGUGCAGUUGGGAAAAUGGCUCGUUCUGUUCUGCGACGAAAUCAACUUGCCGGAUAUGGAUCAGUAUGGCACUCAACGUGUAAUAUCCUUCUUGAGACAACUUCUAGAGCAUAAAGGCUUCUUUAGAGCUAGCGAUCAUUCCUGGGUACAUUUGGAACGUAUACAAUUCGUUGGUGCGUGUAACCCUCCAACUGAUCCGGGACGUAAGCCGCUCUCUCAUCGUUUGCUGCGACAUGUGCCCGUUAUAUACGUCGAUUACCCUGGAGAGACAUCCCUUGAACAGAUCUAUGGUACCUUCACUCGGGCCAUGCUUCGAAUGCAACCAGCAUUACGUGGCUACGCGGAACCUCUAACCCAAGCAAUGGUAAAGCUGUAUCUCGCCUCGCAAGAACGCUUCACUCAAGACAUGCAACCGCACUAUGUGUACUCUCCCAGAGAAAUGACCAGAUGGGUGCGAGGCAUUUGUGAAGCUAUCAGACCACUGGACAACUUAUCAGUCGAAGGUUUGGUACGACUUUGGGCUCACGAAGCUCUGAGAUUAUUCCAAGAUCGUCUCGUGGAUGAUGUAGAACGCCAGUGGACCGAUGAAAACAUUGAUACUGUUGCCAUGAGAUUCUUCCCAGGUAUCAACAGGGAACAAGCACUUGAAAGACCGAUUCUGUACAGCAACUGGUUGAGCAAAGAUUACAUACCGGUUCAACGCGAUCAACUUCGCGAAUAUGUUAAGGCCAGACUUAAGGUAUUCUACGAAGAAGAACUGGACGUGCCCCUAGUACUAUUCGAUGAGGUGUUAGAACACGUGCUUCGGAUCGAUCGUAUCUUCCGCCAGCCACAAGGGCACUUGCUGCUCAUUGGAGUUUCUGGUGCUGGUAAAACCACACUCAGCAGAUUCGUCGCUUGGAUGAACGGUCUUAGCAUCUUCCAGAUCAAGGUGCACAACAAAUAUACGGGUGCCGAUUUUGAUGAAGAUCUCCGAUCGGUGCUUCGCCGCGCUGGAUGUCGCGAUGAGAAGGUUGCCUUCAUACUUGACGAGUCCAACGUACUCGACAGUGGUUUCCUUGAGAGAAUGAACACGUUGCUCGCUAACGGAGAGGUUCCUGGAUUAUUCGAAGGAGACGAAUUCGCUGCUCUUAUGACGCAAUGUAAGGAAGGUGCACAAAGGGAGGGUCUUAUGUUGGAUUCGAACGACGAGCUCUACAAAUGGUUCACAGGGCAAGUCAUGCGCAAUCUUCACGUAGUAUUCACAAUGAACCCAUCUUCAGAAGGAUUAAAAGACCGUGCUGCGACAUCUCCCGCGCUCUUCAAUCGUUGUGUUCUCAACUGGUUUGGUGAUUGGAGUGAUUCUGCUCUGUUCCAGGUGGGUAAAGAAUUUACGACCCGUAUGGACCUGGAUUCAUCAGACUAUAUUCCGCCAGAGCUGUUCCCAGCAGCGUGUAGUGUCGUAAGCCCCCGUCCGUCUCAAAGAGAAGCGGUCGUCAAUGCGUGCGUAUACGUUCACCAAACAUUGCAUCGAGCGAAUGCUCGUCUUGCAAAGCGUGCUAACCGCACUAUGGCUAUCACUCCCAGACACUACUUGGACUUUAUCCAACAAAUGGUGAAGUUGUACUCUGAGAAGCGCGCUGACCUCGAAGAACAACAGUUGCAUUUGAAUGUAGGUCUUGGUAAGAUUGCAGAAACUGUGGAACAAGUCGAGGAAAUGCAGAAGAGUCUUGCUGUCAAAUCACAGGAACUCCACGCUAAAAACGAAGCCGCUAAUGCUAAACUCAAACAGAUGGUCAAAGAUCAACAAGAAGCCGAAAAGAAAAAAGUUGAAAGUCAAGAAAUUCAGGUCGCUUUAGAAAAACAAACAAAGGAAAUAGAGGAGAAACGUAAAGAUGUAAUGGCGGAUCUCGCUCAAGUGGAACCGGCGGUUAUUGAAGCACAAAAUGCGGUGAGAUCGAUCAAGAAGCAGCAGUUGGUCGAAGUGCGGUCUAUGGCCAAUCCCCCCUCUGUCGUAAAAAUGGCACUGGAGUCGAUCUGCGUGCUGCUAGGGGAGAAAGGGGACACGUGGAAAGGCAUCCGAUCUGCUGUCAUGAAGGACAACUUCAUAUCGACUAUUGUUAACUUCGAGACUGAGAAUAUCACCUUUUUGUUCUCUCUUUUUUGUACUCUGUCGCUCUCGCUUGGUGGUGUGCGACGCGAUACAGCCGUGAAAUCUAUAAAGAAGCAGCACCUCGUGGAAGUGAGGUCCAUGGCCAAUCCCCCGGCGCUCGUCAAAGUGGCUCUUGAAUCUAUCUGCCUGCUCCUGGGCGAGAAUACUACGGACUGGAAGGCCAUUCGUACGGUCAUCAUGCGGGAGAACUUCAUCAACAGCAUCGUAUCCAACUUCUCGACCGAGGAUAUCACUGACGAAGUUCGCGAAAAAAUGAAGACGCGAUACCUAUCUAAUCCGGACUACAACUUCGAAAAAGUAAACAGAGCCAGUAUGGCUUGUGGUCCUAUGGUCAAGUGGGCUAUUGCUCAGAUUGAAUAUGCUGAUAUGUUAAAACGUGUGGAGCCUUUACGUAAUGAACUCCAAGCUCUAGAAGACCAGGCUCAGACAAAUGUCACAGCAGGAGAUGAAGUCCGUGAUUUGAUUGCUCAACUAGAGAAAUCUAUUGCAUCCUACAAGGAGGAAUACGCACAACUCAUCAGUCAGGCACAAGCCAUUAAAACUGAUCUUGAAAACGUUCAGGCCAAGGUGGAUAGGUCAAUUGCUCUUCUGAAGAGUUUGGUAAUAGAACGGGAAAGAUGGGAAUCCAGUUCAGAAACAUUCCGCUCUCAAAUGAGCACAAUUGUCGGUGACGUCCUAUUAUCAGCAGCUUUCAUUACGUAUGGUGGAUACUUCGAUCAACAUUAUCGUCAAAACUUGUUCUCAACUUGGACCUCUCAUUUGGCUGCUGCUAAUAUUAAAUACCGGCCAGAAAUCGCCCGUACAGAAUAUCUAAGUAAUCCUGAUGAAAGGCUUCGUUGGCAGGCGAAUGCUUUGCCCACAGACGAAUUGUGUGUUGAGAAUGCUAUCAUGUUGAAGCGCUUCAACCGCUACCCGCUCAUCAUAGAUCCAUCAGGUCAAGCAACGGAGUUCAUAAUGAGAGAAUUCAACAAUCGAAAGAUCACAAAGACAUCUUUCUUGGACGACUCCUUCAGAAAGAAUUUGGAAUCUGCACUCCGUUUCGGUAAUCCGCUGCUAGUACAGGAUGUGGAAAAUUAUGAUCCAAUCUUGAACCCAGUGUUGAAUCGGGAAUUGCGUCGUACAGGAGGUCGUGUUUUGAUUACUCUUGGAGAUCAAGAUAUUGAUUUAAGUCCAUCAUUUGUUAUAUUCCUGAGUACUCGGGACCCAACAGUAGAGUUCCCACCAGAUAUGUGUUCGCGUGUCACAUUCGUCAACUUCACAGUAACGCGAUCGUCCCUUCAAUCACAAUGUCUGCAUAGAGUUCUGAAAGCUGAAAGACCGGAUAUUGAUACCAAGAGAUCUGAUUUGCUCAAAUUACAAGGUGAAUUCCAUCUACGUCUACGACAGCUGGAGAAAUCGUUGCUUCAAGCGCUCAAUGACGCUAAGGGCAAGAUCUUAGAUGAUGACUCGGUUAUUGCGACACUUGAGACUCUUAAGAAGGAGGCGGACGAUAUCGGUCAAAAGGUGGAAGAAACUGAUAAGGUUAUUGGUGAAAUUGAGACUGUCAGUCAACAAUAUCUACCGCUAUCCCAAGCCUGCAGUAGCAUCUACUUUACAAUGGAGUCGCUACACCAAGUUCAUUUCCUCUACCAAUAUUCUCUGAAGAUGUUCCUAGACAUAUUCAGUUCAGUUCUGAUAUCCCCCGGUCUAAAUGGUUUGUCAGAUUAUACUGCUCGUUUGAAGAUCAUUACAGAUGAAUUAUUUACUACUGUUUACGAACGCGUUGCUCGCGGUAUGCUUCACACUGACCGACUUACGUUCGCCUUACUGCUGUGUCGCAUACAACUGAAGGGCGCAGGUGCCGCUGACACUUUGGAGAAACAGUUUGCUGUAUUCCUGCGAGGAAGGGAAGGAUUCGUAUCUUCAGCGGUUCAACCUCCAUUGGAUGCGCUUACAGCACAACAACAUGAAGCCGCUGCUAGACUCGGCUCUAGAUUGGUAGCUUUCCGAAAUCUGCUCGAAAAGGCUCGUUCACUGCCGGAGAUAGGCGCCUGGUUAUCACAAGCUGCUCCUGAACAAUGUGUACCGACCCUUUGGGACUCGGAGACCACAGCUCCCGAACAACCGCAUACACUAGCCAUGUCCCGAUUACUGCUUAUACAGGCAUUUAGACCAGACCGGGUGAUCGCGGCAGCUACUCAACUAGUGGCCUCAGUGCUGGGACAAUCGUUCAUGUCUCGCGCCGAAACUGAAAUGGAACUGACUACUCUAACUGACACCGAACUGAAUGCGACCACACCGGCUUUGCUCUGCUCUGUUCCCGGAUAUGAUGCUAGCGGUCGUGUUGAUGAUAUGGCGACCGAACUCAACAAACCACUAUCGAGUAUUGCCAUUGGUUCAGCGGAAGGUUUCAAUCAAGCCGAGCGCGCUAUUAACACUGCGUGCAAAACUGGCAGAUGGGUCAUGCUCAAGAACGUACACUUGGCACCUGUAUGGUUGGUGCAACUCGAGAAGAAGUUGCAUUCCCUUCAGCCGCAUCCCAGCUUCCGUCUCUUCCUCACAACAGAGAUCAGCCCCAAGUUGCCAGUUAAUCUGCUAAGGGCUUCCCGUGUGUUGGUCUUCGAACCGCCACCUGGCAUACGGGCCAACUUACUUAGGACAUUCGCAACGGUGCCAGCCGCACGUAUGAUGAAGCCACCUUCAGAGCGAGCCAGAUUGUACUUCUUGCUGGCUUGGUUCCAUGGUAUUGUUCAAGAACGUCUUCGCUACGUACCUUUGGGAUGGGCGAAGUACUAUGAAUUCAAUGAGUCGGAUCUCCGUGUGGCUUGCGACACUCUUGAUACCUGGAUUGAUUCUACGGCUAUGGGUCGUACCAACCUACCACCAGAGAAAGUCCCAUGGGAGGCCAUAGUUCGUCUCCUCUCGCAAUGCAUCUACGGAGGAAAGAUUGACAACGCUUUCGACCAACGGCUGUUGCAUUCCUUCUUGACUAAGCUCUUCACGCCGAAGUCCUUUGAGGCCGACUUCGCACUUGUUGCUAAUGUGGACGGAGCGAGUGGCAACCAACGUCACAUAACAAUGCCGGAUGGCAACAGACGGGAUCAAUUCUUUAAGUGGAUAGAGGAGCUCUCUGAUCGCCAAUCACCUUCCUGGCUUGGACUACCCAACAACGCUGAAAAGGUCCUAUUGACAACUCAAGGAAGCGACCUUGUAUCUAAACUUCUGAAGAUGCAGCAACUUGAAGAUGAAGAGGAGCUUGCUUAUAACGCCGCUAAUCAAGACGACCCAAUCAAUUUAAUUGUAGUUGAAGGCGACGGUCGUCCAGCUUGGAUGAAGUCUCUGCAUCAAACCGCUACCAACUGGCUUCAAGUGCUGCCCAAAGAACUACCUACGCUGCGUCGUACUGUUGAGAACAUAAAGGACCCAUUGUAUCGAUUCUUCGAGCGGGAAGUAGCCGCCGGAGCAGAUCUAUUGCAGCAAGUGUUGCAUGAUUUGAGAAACGUCAUUGCUAUUUGCCAGGGUGAGAUGAAACAAACAAACGAAACCCGCGCUAUGGUGGGAUCUCUGGUACGUGGUAUGUUGCCAUCUGGAUGGAGACGAUACGCUGUAGCCAGGGGCUGCACCGUACAGCAAUGGGUUGAUGAUUUCGCCCGUAGGGUUUUGCAACUCGCGACUGUCUCUGAGACUGUUUGUGAACGCGGGGCUAAACGUCUCCAGAGCAUCCCCGUGUGGCUUGGCGGUCUGCUUAACCCCGAGGCUUAUAUUACGGCGACUCGACAGUGUGUGGCACAGGCCAAUUCUUGGUCCCUGGAAGAACUUAACUUACAGGUGACAAUUCCCGAUCCUGGCACAGAGAGUGAGAACGCUCAAACCGAGUGGUCCUUCUGCGUAACAGGACUGAAGAUACAAGGCGCCACCGUCAAAGGAAACAGGCUGCUUCUCACAAACACUAUCAUGGUCGAUCUGCCGCUCACGGUUCUCACCUGGAUUCGCGGCCCGGAACCUGCAAGCUGCGGUCAAACACUGACGCUGCCAGUCUACUUAAACAGCGCGCGAUCGGAGCUACUAUUCACCGUGCGUCUACCGAUCGCACCGGGACAAGAGCCCCACGCCUUCUACGAACGAGGAGUCGCACUACUUACGUCUACCGCACUCAACUAA